CCCCCCGCUCGUCUGUUGUUCGUUAAGCUAACAGCUAGCUUCCUUGUUAAAGUCCUUACUUUAUCAGGGGAACGGCUACGUAGUUGACAUGGGAACUGCAUUGCAAUUGCUCAAGGUUGUUCAACACCUUGCUGGCUACUAUACUUGGACAUUGAUAGACAUCUGAAACUAGCGAUGUGGAUGAAAAACUUGCCAAAAGAUAACUGCAUAUCCAGCUUGUCCUAUGGCGACUUUCUAGAGUGGUACAAUUGUAACCUCUUCUCCACAUGAUCUAUAAUGUCAUUACCAAAUGAGUCAGGAAACAGAGGGAAGGAGCGAGAGAGGGGAGCCCGCCCAAAAGUGAGACAGAGCCGUUCGGAGGAGAGAAGAGACUCUGGUGGUGGUCGGAAAGGCGGGAAGGGGAAGAAAAAAGGCCUCUCCACGCACGACACCGCCGCCGAGCGACCCGUCAGUGACGGGUUUGAGUAUGGCGAACUGUUGAACGAUCUGGAGGCCAGGAGCCAAACCUCCUCCUCCACCUCCCUGCCGAAGGAAACCUGGAAAUGGCAGGACUUGGACGUGGCGGGGUCCACUCCGGGGCAAGGCGUCACCGCCAAGCAAGGUCAGGGCACCGUUUGCUCUGCCGCAGAAUUACCUCCCCUCGGCGAGGCGGAGGGCCGAGGCUCAAGCAGCAGCCGCACUCUCAGGCAAAAAAUCCAGGACGCAAUGGGCCAGUGUUUCCCGAUAAAGACCCACAGUGCUGCAGCGGCACCACCUCCACCCCCGCAGGCCUUUUCAUCAUCAGCUGCCUGCACCUCCUCCAGGCGGAAGAUUCAUCUCAGCGAACUGAUGUUGGACGACUGCCCUUUCCCCGUAGGGUCAGAGCUGGCUCAGAAGUGGUAUCUCAUUAAGCAGCACACAGCCCCCAUCACCCAGGCUCCCCUGUUGGAUCCCGCAGUGGUGGUGUGCAGCGCCCCGACUUCGGCGACGGCCGCCGUGGAGGAUGUGGACGACAAGCUGCGAGAGCGCAGGCGCAUCAGCAUCGAGCAAGGCGUGGAGCCGCCGCCCAACGCCGAGAUCCACACUUUCGAGGUGACGGCUCAGAUCAACCCGCUGUACAAGCACGGCCCCAAGCUGGCUCACGGCAUGAACGAGUUGGCCGGCACCGAGAGCGCCUCCGCUCACCAGCAGCAACAGCUGCUUCUCCAAAGGCAGGAGCAACACCAGCUCCUGCUGCAGAGCUGCUUGGACACGCUGGACGAAGUGGCGGCCUCAGCGUCCGCUUCCCUCCACGCCUCGGAUGCCGCCUCCGAUCCGCCGGUCGACACGGAGGUGGCGGCAGCGGUGAGCAAUUCGAGCUCAAGAGCCGCCUCGCUCCCUCGAACCGAGCACCAGACGCCCCACGAAGGCUACCGCUUCCACACCCAGAUCGACUACAUUCACUGUUUAGUGCCGGACCUGCUGCAGAUCACCAACCUCCCGUGCUACUGGGGAGUCAUGGACCGCUACGAGGCGGAGACGCUGCUGGAGGGGAAACCCGAAGGCACCUUCCUGCUGCGCGACUCUGCCCAGGAAGACUACCUGUUCUCCGUCAGCUUCCGGCGCUACGGCCGCUCGCUGCACGCGCGCAUCGAGCAGUGGAACCACAACUUCAGCUUCGACGUCCACGACCCCAGCGUCUUCCACGCGCCCACGGUCACGGGCCUGCUGGAGCACUACAAGGACCCCAACUCCUGCAUGUUCUUUGAGCCCCUCCUCUCCAACCCCAUCCACCGCACACACCCGUUCAGCCUGCAGCACAUCUGCAGGGCGGUGAUAAGCAGCUGCACCACGUACGACGGCAUCAACGUCCUCCCCAUUCCGAACGCGCUGAAAAAACACUUGAAGGAAUACCACUACAAGCAGAAAGUGCGAGUACGGCGGAUGGACACGUGGUGGGAAUGAAGAAGUAUAGAAACCGGACUCAACCAAAUAUUUCAAAGUAUUUAGCUGUAUCAACUCACGCAACACUGUAUUUAUUUAUUUUAUUCCUGCUGAAUCUCAUAGCAAUUGUACUAAACCACACUGAUGAGGCAACGUGUAAUCUCACUGAUCUUGCACAUUCAGAGCGAUGCUGAGCUGAAAUUAAACAAACAAGUUUCAGAUU